UGAUAGCUCUAUAUUCCUUAUCCAUAAUGUUGUAUUUAAUUGGUCUUGGUCUCUCCUAUGAGUCCGACAUCACUGUUCGUGGGUUGGAAACCGUCAAGAAAUGUAAAAGAGUUUAUCUUGAAGCAUACACUUCCAUUUUGAUGGCCGCAAACAAAGAGUCUUUAGAAUCUUUCUAUGGACGUGAAGUCAUUUUGGCAGACAGAGAACUUGUGGAAAGUGGAUCUGACCAAAUCUUGGCCGAUGCUGACAAGGAAGACAUCGCCUUUUUAGUUGUUGGUGAUCCAUUUGGUGCCACCACCCACACUGAUUUGAUCAUUAGAGCCAGAGAAUUGGGUAUCAAGGUCGAAUCCAUCCAUAAUGCUUCUGUUAUGAAUGCAGUUGGUGCUUGUGGUUUACAAUUGUACCAAUUCGGACAAACCGUGUCGCUUGUGUUCUUCACUGACUCUUGGAGACCAGACUCCUUCUACGACAAGGUCAUGGAAAACCGUAAAAUUGGAUUACAUACUCUUUUGUUACUUGACAUCAAGGUCAAGGAACAAAGUCAUGAAAAUAUGGCUAGAGGUAGACUCAUCUACGAGCCUCCUAGAUACAUGGACAUUGCCACUGCUGCCAGCCAAUUGCUUGAAAUAGAAGAAAAGCGUGGCGAACAAGCUUACACUCCAGAUACCCCAUGUGUUGCUGUGUCGAGAUUGGGUGCUCCUACACAAAAGUUCAAGGCUGGUACUCUUAAGGAAUUGUCUGAGUACGACUCUGGUGAACCUCUUCAUACUUUGGUUAUGCUUGGAAGACAAGUUCAUGACUUGGAGUUGGAAUAUUUGUACGAAUUUGUCGAUGAUCGUGAAGCUUUCAAGGCCUUUGUUGAAAAGGAUCAAGAAUUUUUCAAGCCUGCUCCAUGGGUCCCACCUGAAGAAGAUGAUUUUAGCGAUUAGAAUGUCUUUAUCUUAUAAAUACAUACAAGUUAUCUCUAUGUUAUAAAUAUGUCAAUAAAAAAUGAAUUGAAAAAUACAAGAGGAGGGAGUUGUAUAUCUCCUUUUAAAUUAUAUAUAGACUCAACCUCUGCACGUUUGAAUCUUU